AUGGCCUCAUAUCAUCAUCAGGACGGCCGCUAUGGCUCCCUCCCACAAACCCUAACCGUCCACGGCCAAUGGACGAAACUAAAAUCCAUGAAUCUCUGCGGCGCAACACCCAAAGACAAACUCUGUCUCAUCGAAAUGCAAACCGGCUACAGCGGCAGACCGCCGCUCGGGAUGCGGACGGGCUUUAUCCUGCGCGAUGGGAUGAGUUCCAAGGAUCCUGUCCUUGCUGCAGCCGGUGACGAGGUGCCAGGUCUACAUGCGUUUAAUCCGAAUGGAAUUGUCUUUCUGCCGCGGCUUGAGUUUGAUGCUGAUACUAAGCCUCACGGUGAAAGCUUGGAUACGGAGGUCAUGCGCGCUGAACCGGGUUUGAACGAUGAUGUUGCGUUUCACUUUUCGAUCGAGGUGGGCGAGGUGGGCGAGGAGGGGCGGCGGGAGGAGUUUGCGUGGAGGCGGGUUAAGGAGGGGAAGAAGAAGGGGUUCAAGUUGGUUCGGGUCGACAAAGAUGAUGAGCCUCAAGUUGCCUUCCUUGAAUGGGUGAUGGCUUGGCCGAAGCUGACGCAUGCGUUUACGCUGCAAUUGGCCGAGGGACAGGCAGAGGAGUUGGGAGGACGAUGGGUACUUAUGGUUGCGGUUACUGCGAUCAGGCUCUAUACGUUGUAUGUCAAGGGGAAGACGAAUAAGCUUGUUGUUGAUAUGGGGAGGGGAGGCUCUGAGAAGUAA